CCGGCUUCCUCGCGUGAGUCGCCACAAACCAGGCGCUCGCCUUCACCGACGGACUCAGACGGUCUCGCUUCUCCUCCGCCACGUUUAUCGGAACACUUUCCCCUUACUUUUUGACAAGUGGACGUGUUUUGAGCAAACAAGCUCGCUGACUUCGGUGCGAGCGUUUUUGGAUUGUUAUUUUGUGCGGACGCUUCCAGAAAGCAGGUCCGAAGCGGAGAGACCAAAAAGUUUGGGGGAGCUGUCACCAAGUAGCGGUUGGGGCUCAUUAAGGAAUGCCUGUGGUCAGCAGUGCGUCUGCGGGCAGGUAACCAGGCGCGCCGCUGCAGUCAUGGCCGGGCCGGCCGGGUGGCUCACACCUUCCUCUGUGGUCACCGCCCUGGCGGCGGUGCUGGCGGUGCGGGUGUCGUCGGUCGAAGAGCACGAGUGGCACUUUGACGCAGCCGCUCAGUGUCGUUACGCCCUGGGGAUGGAGGAUGGCAGCAUCCUAGACUCUGACAUCACCGCCUCCAGCGCCUGGUCAGACUCCACCGAGGCCAAACAUGCAAGGUUGAGCACUGGAGAAGGGGACGGAGCUUGGUGCCCCGCAGGCGCCGUCUUCCCCGAUGGAUCGGAAUACCUCCAGGUGGACCUUCGCAAGCUCCACUUCCUGGCCCUGGUGGGUACUCAGGGUCGCCACGCCGACGGGCACGGCCAGGAAUUUGCCCGUAGUUAUCGCCUGCGCUACUCUCGAGACGGCGUGAAAUGGAUCACCUGGAAGGACCGCUGGGGCCAGGAAGUGGUGUCCGGGAAUGAGAACACCUACGAUGUUGUUCUGAAGGACCUGGGCCCCCCCAUAGUGGCCCGCAUGGUGCGCUUCUACCCGCUGGCCGACCGGGUCAUGAGCGUCUGCCUUCGAGUGGAACUGUACGGCUGCGUGUGGACGGAUGGCUUAAAGGCUUACGCGGCUCCAGUUGGUCACGUCAUGAAUCUGUCGGGCUUGCCCGUCUACCUGAACGACUCCACCUACGAUGGCAGCACAGAGCAAGGGGUGCAGUUUGGCGGCCUGGGUCAGCUGUGCGACGGCGUCCUGGGAGGAGACGAUUUCAUGGAGAGCAAAGAGCUGCGGGUGUGGCCCGGCUACGACUACCUGGGCUGGAACAGAGAUGUCCUCGGGAAGCCCAGCGUGGACAUUGAGUUCCACUUCGAGAAGCCUCGCGUGCUCCGUGUCAUGCAGGUGCACAGCAACAACCGUCACACGCAGGGUGUGCGGGUGUUCAACAAGGUGGAGUGCGUUUUCAAGGGCGGCCUGCUGCAGCCGUGGUCGUCGCCGGCGUUGGCCUUGGCCGUCCCCCUGGACGACCUCAAGGACCCGUCGUCCCGCACGCUCUCCCUGCCCCUGGACGGACGCCUGGCUCACAUCCUGCGCUGCAGCUUCUUCUUCACCGACACGUGGCUGCUCCUCAGCGAGAUCUCCUUCCUGUCGGACACUUUUGAAAAUGACAUGACACAAGCGAACGGUCGCAAGACUCCCUCCACCAGCUCCUCACCAUCCGUCAAGCGCACCUCCGCCUCUUCUGCCCCGAGCGACGGCACCUCCAGCGCCGGCACCGUUGCCUCCGGUUCCGAGUUUCCCGCCGUGUCUCCAAGGGCGGGGCUUCCCGUGGCCAAAGACGACAGCAGCAAUACGGCAAUCCUGAUCGGCUGCCUGGUGGGCAUCAUCCUGCUCCUGCUGGCCGUCAUCGCCGUCAUUCUGUGGCGGCAGUACUGGAAGAAGUUACUGGGGAAGGCUCAGGGCGGCCUGUCGAGCGAGGAGCUGCGCGUGCACCUGUCGGUUCCCUCCGACAACGUGGUUAUCAACAACACGCACAGCUACUCCAGCCGCUACCAGCGCAUACACACCUUCCCCGACGACCCCGAGCGGGAGGCUGAAAGCGAGUACCAGGAGCCCAGCGCCUUGCUGCACCCGCGGGACCGCCGCGACAGCACAGCCUUGCUGUUAAACAACCCGGCCUAUCACCUGCUCCUGUCAGAUCACAGGAAAGGCUCGAGGCCCAGCACCUGUCAGGCUCAGGAAAAGAGUCUCAAUGUGCCCCAUGCGUGCGGCUUGGAGCCGGCCCCGGAGAAGGGAUUCCCCCCAGCGCAGGAUGAGCCUCCGCCCUACCCGGGCUCGCCGCCGUACCCGGCCCUGUCGCCGCCCGUGUCUCCCCCGCUGCCUCCCAGCGUGCCGCACUACGCCGAGGCCGACAUUGUGAGCCUGCAGGGUGUCAGCGGCAACAACAUGUACGCUGUGCCCGCCCUGGCCUCGUCCAGCCCGGGCGCCGACGCCGGCCCCUUGCCCGAGCUGCAGCGCCAGUGUCUUGUCUUCAAGGAGAAGCUUGGGGAAGGACAGUUUGGAGAGGUGCACCUGUGCGAGAUUGAAAACCCUCAGGACCUUCCCAACCUGGAGUUCCCCUUCAAUGUGAGGAAAGGUCGCCCUCUGCUGGUGGCUGUCAAGAUACUGCGGCCUGAUGCUUCCAAAAAUGCCAGGAACGACUUCCUGAAGGAGGUGAAGAUCCUGUCCCGCCUGAAGGACCCCAACAUCAUCCGUCUGCUGGGCGUGUGCGUGAGCAGCGAUCCCCUCUGCAUGGUCACUGAGUACAUGGAAUGUGGCGACCUCAACCAGUACCUGUCCCACCGAGUGCUGCUGGACAAGAGCGGGCCUUCGCACACCACGCCCACAAUCAGCUACCCGGCCCUCAUCUCUAUGGCCAGCCAGAUCGCCUCGGGAAUGAAGUUUCUCUCCUCGCUCAACUUCGUGCACCGCGACCUGGCCACGCGCAACUGCCUGGUGGGCGGCGGUGGUGGCGGCGGCGCCACCGAGGACCCCGGCGGAGAGCGCCACAUCAAGAUCGCCGACUUCGGCAUGAGCAGGAACCUGUACGCCGGGGACUACUACAGGAUCCAAGGCCGAGCCGUGCUGCCCAUCCGCUGGAUGGCCUGGGAGUGCAUCCUCAUGGGUAAAUUCACCACGGCCAGCGACGUGUGGGCCUUUGGCGUGACUCUGUGGGAGAUGCUGAGCGUAUGCCAGGAGCAGCCGUACUCCAACCUGACGGACGAGCAAGUCAUCGACAACGCCGGAGAGUUCUUCCGAGACCAGGGCAGACAGGUGUACCUGGGCAAGCCCGCCGUGUGCCCUCAAGGUCUCUACGAGCUCAUGUUGAGCUGCUGGAACCGAGACUGCAAGCUGCGGCCGUCCUUCGGCCACAUCCACGCCUUCCUCGCCGAGGACGCUAUGAACAUGGUGUAAGGCCGCGCAGCGCUUCAACGGCCCGGCCCGCCUUGGUCGUUACGGAUUUUUAUUUUUUUUUCCCCUACUACAAUCUUUUGUACUUUUUGGGUGGACGGGGCUGCUGGAGACGCUGCUGGUUCAGUUUUUUUCCCCGCACCCCCUUAAGCCACAGUAACUGAAGCUUGAUCGGUGUAGCUAUGAGGCUGAGCUAACAUUGUGUAGCGUAGUGGUGGCGGGUGCAAUCUGCAUUAGGAGCCUUUUCUUCUUUUUUUUACAAGGACAGGAAAUGACGUAAGAGGAAGUUGAUGCAGCUUCACCAGCAUCUGAAGAUUUCACGGCUUCGGCUCCUCUGAACUGUCUGAGUAGUGGUUCACAUAGUUGACUUUAUUCAUCUUGCCACUUUGCAACCCCAUACAAGAAAAGCUGUGUAGAAAGAAGGUGCAUGGAUGUCGUGGUUCACAGAGAUGCAAAGCUAACCAGGUUGGGUAUUAGAAAUAGACUGUAUCCCGUAUGACAGUAAAUAGUAAUAAAUCACCCACACAGACGGUUCAUUUAUUACGCGCUACAAAAACGUGCUGUUAUCUUGAGUAAACAUCUCCAUGAAAUGAGAUUGAAAAGCCCUGCCUCACUUCCCCAAAAUACUUCUACCUGCUAUCGCAUCACUCAUCUGUAGAUGGGAGACGAUAAAAGGAUGAGCUCCGGCACACUGAACCAUCUUUCCUUCCUGUUGUGGUUCGCGUAGCUGCUUUGGAUUCAGUUCUUGGUCUAUCACUCAGUGCUGUACCAACACGUCCUGCAACAGUGAAGUGGACAAGCGGGAUAGAAAACAAAUGGCUGUUGUAGUGUAGUGGUUCACUCAUCCUCAAAUCAGCUCCCUCAAACAACUCUGAACAGCAGAAGCAAAAUACUGUGUUAAAUAACCAGUAUAGUGAUUCACAUAGCUGCCUUUCAUUAUGUCGGCCAAGCCUCAAUUCUUGGUUGAUGGUAGUCGAGUCCAGAGGGACAGCCCGCCUGGUGUCCGACGUCAACUGGGAAUGGGAGCCGGCUCCCCCUGCAACAUUUGUCAGUGUAGCGAUUCAUAUAUUGGCCAAUGGCAUAGGAUCCAGGCUCAAAUGGGAAGACUCCUCAUUCUCCUACCGCACUCAACAGGACCCGUGGUGUACAUUGGACAGUGUAGUGGUUCACAUAGCUGCCUUGGGUUCAAUUCCAGGGCGCGCCCUGCCUUGAAUGGCCUCCAACUCGCCAUGAAACGUAUUUAUUAUUUUUUUUUUCAAGCUGGUGAACCUUAUCCCAAACUUUCUCCAGUGGACCACGUGACUCGGGGUAUGCAAUCAUGCAGACGCAAAGUACUUCUUCUUUCACUCCUAUUAGUGAUGCAGUAACAUGACUAUCAUAUUAGUCCUUUUUUUUAGCAUAAAAAAUAUGACGUUGUCCAAAUAUCACUUAAAAACUGCGACUAUGGUGACUGACAUGCUAAUAUUAGCAUGUCAGUGACGUUGCUAAUAUUAGCAUGUUGAUGACGUUUCGCUUCAAUCUUUAACAUUAAGCUAAUUGGGCUUUGCAAAAGCAAUACUAGUCUGUUUGAAAUACACAAAGUGUAAUUCACUUUGUUUGUUUAGUUUGACAGUAUACUUCAACCGGGACGGGCGUUAAAACCGUUCGUUUGAAGGAAGGAUGGUUCCGUUUUUGUCAAACUGUCGCUUAUUGUGAAGUAACUUGAGUUGGCGCUUGCAACUGAAAGCCCCCCCAAAUGUCCGAAUGACGGCUCGUAUCUCAAGGCACCACUGUACUGCCUUCAGCUACUGUAUGAGAGUUCCGCAGACGAGUAGGACAACUCCAGUUUUACUCGUCAGGCAAAAA